UGUGUCGUCUACUUUUUGCGACAAGUAACACUUAAAUUGUAGCUUACUAAACACAAAUCGCAAGCGAUUCCAACUACUGACCAAAUUACGAGUUUACAAUGGACAAGGAUGAACGAGAAUACUGGCAUCUUCGAUCCCUAUACAAUGAGGACAUGCCGCGCUUUCCUCCAACAAACGUGGCUGAACCUCUAACCGCUCGCAAUCUGCUUCAACUGUACAUAAACACCUUCAUUGGAGCCAAUCUGGCCGAGUCGUGUGUCUUUCCGCUGGACGUGGCCAAGACCCGCAUGCAGGUGGAUGGCGAGCAGGCCAAGAAGACGGGCUCCACGAUGCCCACUUUCCGGGCCACCCUAAGCAACAUGAUCAAAGUGGAGGGCUUCAAGUCACUAUACGCCGGCUUCUCGGCAAUGGUGACCCGCAAUUUGAUCUUCAACUCGUUGCGCGUGGUCUUAUACGACGUCUUCCGGCGCCCCUUUCUCUACCAGAACGAGCAGAACCAGGAGGUGCUCAGGAUUCACAUGGCGCUGAGCUGCAGCUUCACGGCUGGCUGCAUUGCCCAGGCACUGGCCAAUCCCUUCGACAUCGUCAAGGUGCGAAUGCAGACGGAGGGCCGCCGUCGCCAGCUGGGCUACGAUGUGCGGGUGAACAACAUGGUGCAGGCCUUCGUGGACAUCUAUAGGCGCGGCGGACUGCCCAGCAUGUGGAAGGGCGUGGGGCCCAGUUGCAUGCGCGCCUGCCUGAUGACGACCGGCGAUGUGGGCAGCUACGACAUCAGUAAGCGUACCUUCAAGCGCCUGCUGGACUUGGAGGAGGGCCUGCCGCUGCGCUUCCUGUCCUCCAUGUGCGCCGGGCUAACGGCCUCCGUGCUCAGCACUCCGGCGGAUGUUAUCAAGACGCGUAUGAUGAACCAGCCGGUGGACGAGAGCGGCAAGAAUCUCUACUACAAGAACUCCGUGGACUGCGUCCGGAAACUGGUCAGGGAGGAGGGUGCCCUGAUACUGUACAAGGGCUUCUUUCCCACUUGGUUUCGCCUGGGACCCUUCUCGGUGCUUUUUUGGCUGUCCGUCGAGCAGCUGCGUCAGUGGGAAGGCCAGAGCGGAUUUUAGGAGCACACACUCCGUCUUGGUAUCGUAUUUUGUAAGCCUUUUAGCAAGUAAAAUAUUUAUUGAC